UCGCAAUCUAGAGAGAGAGAGAGUGACCAGUAGUAGAGAUAGAGAGAGAGAGAAAUCCAUCGGAGGGGGAAGGAAGCAACGAGGGAGGGAGGAAGGAAAGGAGGCAGCUUUAAAAAAGAGUCAAACUCCGUCCGGCUCCCCCACUUUCUCUCUCUACAUCGCCCAAUCCCCCCGCACUAAUCGCCGUCGCGUCACUGCCCCGUCCCCCCCUCCCCUCCGCGCUCGCUCCUGCUCCCCCUCCGCGCCGCUAGCCCGCCUAGGGUUCCGGCCGCCCGAUUGGGAAACCCUAGCUCCUCCCCCUCCGGCGCCGGCCGGCGGCGCCUUUCUUCCCCUUUUCCGCAAAAAUUCCCCGCGGAUUCCCGACUUCCGGCCGCCAAAACCCUAGCUUUGGGGCCGGGAUCGGGGAAUCCGGGCGGCGCGCGCGCGGAUCCCGCCCGAAUCGGCGGGGAGGCGCCCUGAUCCGCCCCUAGGGUUUCGCGGGGGACCCGGCCCAUGUUCGCGGCGGCGGCAGCGGCAUGCUGCUGCUGACUCGCUGGGCGAGAUGCAGAGGUACGCGGGCGCCGGCAACAGCAACAGCUCUGGGUUUAGUGGCGGCCCCGCGUCGGCCGGCGGCAGGGACAGCUCCAGGCUCGAUGUCUCGCCCUACGCCCCGCCCAAUUACCCCCUGAACCCGAGGCGACAACAACAGCUUGCUCCGUACAGGCUAAAGUGUGACAGGGAACCACUUAAUAACAAGCUUGGACCACCUGAGUUCUAUCCUCAAACACCAAACUGUCCUGAAGAGACCUUAACCAAAGAAUAUGUACAGUCUGGGUACAAGGAGACUGUUGAAGGAAUUGAGGAAGCAAGAGAGAUCGUACUCAGUCAUAUCUCAUACUUCUGCAAGCCAGAUAUCGUGGGAAAAUGCAAGGAGGCACUAAAGAAACGGUUAAGGGCUAUUAAUGAAUCUCGUGCUCAAAAGAGAAAGGCUGGCCAAGUUUAUGGAGUUCCUCUUUCUGGAUCACUGUUGAUAAAACCUGGAGUUUAUCCGGAGCAAAGACCAUGUAAUGAGGACUCCCGCAGAAAAUGGGCUGAGGCCCUUGCCCAGCCAAACAAGCGACUGCGUUUGUUAUCUGAGCACGUUCCUCAUGGUUAUCGUAGGAAAUCACUUUUUGAUGUUCUUACUCGAUGCAAUGUUCCAUUACUAAGGGCAACAUGGUUUGUGAAAGUUACAUACCUAAAUCAGGUUCGACCAACAUCCAGCAGUAUCUCAACUGGUGCUUCUGAUAAUCAACGAUCUAACCAGUGGACAAAGGAUGUUGUUGAAUAUUUGCAACAGCUUCUGGACGAAUUUAAUCUAAAAGAGGCACAUCCGUCUUUUAAAGAACAGCCGUCCGCAGGGCUUAUUUCUGGAGCAACUCAAGUAAAAUUGAAACAUGAAGCACCCUCAGGUGGAGACACUGAAGAGCCCUUGGUGCACUUCAAAUGGUGGUAUAUGGUUCGUCUUGUCCAAUGGCAUCUCACAGAAGAAUUGCUAGUUCCCUCGGUACUUAUUGAAUGGUUAUGUUACCAACUUCAGGAGAGAGAUUCAGUUGAGGCCUUGGAGCUUCUUUUGCCUAUUGUACUGGGCUUGGUUGAGACCAUCACUCUCUCACAAACAUAUGUGCGGAUGUUCGUGGAAAUUCUGGUCAGACGUCUGAGUGAUGCUUCUGCUGUUGAUAAUCCGAAAAGGUCAUCUAUCUCUUCUGUUAUAGCUGAGUUACUGCGAUACAUGGUACUUGCGGUGCCAGAUACAUUUGUUUCUUUGGACUGCUUUCCUCUUCCUUCAUUUGUGGUCCCUGAUGUAUAUGGUAGAGGUGCUUUGCUGAAGAUUACUGGUGGUGGUGAAAUGUCUAGUUCUAAGAGGCGGGAUGUGUACCGGUAUCUGUCCUGUGGUUAUGCUGUCUGUUCAAUUCAGAGACGAGCAUCUGAUCUGGCGACUCUUGCCAGUCCUAAUGUUCAUGCACGUGGUGCAGCUAAAGUGGUACAGGCUUUGGACAAGGCUCUUGUCACAGGAAAUUUGACAAUGGCGUAUUCUUCACUCUUUAAUGAUCUAUCUGAUGCAUUAAUGGAAGAGAGGUGGAUUAAAGAAGUCAGCCCUUGCUUGCAGUCUUCUCUAAUGUGGAUUGGGACUGUUGAGUUAUCCCUAAUCUGUUCCAUAUUUUUUCUUUGUGAAUGGGCAACAUGUGAUUAUCGUGAUUGCCGUACAUCUCCCAGUCAGAAUGUAAAAUUUACAGGAAGAAGAGAUAUAUCUCAGAUACAUCUGGCGGUGUCUAUCUUGAAAAGCAAAAUGAGCGAGAUGAAUAAAUUGUCUCGGUCUAAGAGUAGCAGUCGCAUUGCAAUGAAUAAUAUCGGUAAAGGUUCUUCGCUGAAUGAUGCUUCAGUGGCUGCAACUAAAGUGGGUGAUUCUUCUGGAUUGAGAAGUAAUGGAAAAAAUGAGGAGGAGAAGAAGGAAAGGAAGGAUAUCUUUGAAAGUCCUGGUCCAUUGCAUGACAUUAUUGUGUGUUGGCUGGAUCAACAUGAGGUUAGCAGUGCUGCAGGUUUUAAACGUGUGGAUGUUCUCAUCAUAGAGCUUAUUCGCAGCGGUGUAUUUUAUCCUCAAGCUUAUGUAAGGCAGCUAAUUAUUAGUGGAGUAACCGAUAAGAAUGGUACUCUGCUAGAUACGGAAAGAAAAAGGAGGCACCACAGAAUUUUAAAGCAGCUUCCUGGGUCAUCUUUAUUUGAUAUUCUCGAGGAAGAUGUAGUUGCUGAAGAGCAACAAUUGCAUGAGGUGAUGUCAACAUAUUCCAGUGAGCGACGCCUUGUGCUUUCUGAACUUUUGAGUGGUCAGUCAUUUGAUGCAAACAACAGGGCUGAGUAUACUUCAAGUUCCUACCUCCGGAUUCCAUCAGGAGGUACUAAUCUCGGUGGUGUGCCUGAACAAGUAGAAGAUGUGAAAGUUCUGGUGUCGAGCCUGUUGUGUUUUAUAUAUCCUCACUCGGCAGAAUCAGAACAAAAUGAAACUAAAAUGAACUUUCAAGGAUCGUCUACUUCAACACUGACACAAGUUGAUACCGGAGAAGCAAAAAAUGGCUGUGAGGAUUGUAUGAGGAUUAAUGGACAAAAGUUGGACGAGAGAACCUCUCCUUUCUUCCCAUUGAUUCAAUCAGACGAGGAAGAUGUUUGGUGGGUGAGGAAAGGGACAGAGCUACAGGAAUCUUUUAAGGCUGAACCUGCACUGAAGUCUAUUAAACAAACUUCUAGAGGUAGAGCUAAAGUGGUUCGCAAAACACAGAAUCUCGCACAGCUUGCGACUGCUAAAAUUGAAGGCAGUCAGGGGGAGGCAUCUACAAGUCAUCUUUGCGAGAGCAAGCUGAGCUGUCCUCACCAUAAACCUAGCACUGAUGGUGACAAUGGCAAAGAUGCUGAUCACAUGAGGAUGGCAAAUCUGGCUGAAGUUGGGAAGUCAUUGAAGAAACUUAGAUUGCUUGAAAGGCGCUCCAUCUCUGUGUGGUUGUUGAAAUCAGUAAGGCAACUUGUUGAAGGAAAUGAAACGACAGCUUGCAAAGCUAGCAAUUCCAUAAGCUCCUUUUCCUCUCAGCCUGAUGACAAAACUGCCUCCAAAUGGAGGCUGGGCGAUGAAGAACUGAUGUCAAUUCUCUAUAUACUGGACACAUGCUGUGAUUUAGCCUCUGCUACAAGGUUCCUUGUAUGGUUGCUAGCAAAAAUUCGGGGAGGAAUGGGUACGCUUGGUCAAGUUGGGAGAAGUGCGGCACAUAUGAAGAACAGAGAUAACCAAGUUUGUCAGGUCGGUGAGGCAUUUGUGUUCUCAUCCUUGCUUAGGUACGAGAACAUACUUCUUGCAACUGAUCUCUUGCCUGAAGUCCUCAAUGCUUCAACGAACAGAAAUUUUGUGUUAGGAACUGCAAGGCAUCCUGCACCAGCAGCUUUUCCUUAUACCCGGUAUUUUUUGAGGAAAUAUAGGGAUGUGGCUAGCGUGGUUAGGUGGGAGAAAAAUUUUAGGACCACAUGUGACCAGCGACUGCUAGCUGAUCUUGAUAAUGGUCGGUCGAUUGAUGGUGAUUUUGUUUCCUCUUCGGGAGUCUUAGGAGGUGAAGAGAUUGAUGAUCAAGUUCGUCAAAAGCUUAACGGAAGGGGUUCAAGAAUUAUUCCAAAUAUGAAGGAGAUAGUGCAGCGGCAAGCUGAAGAUAUUCAACGCAAUUUGAAGGAAAAGAAAAUUCCUGCAGCACCCAAGAGUCCCUCUUUUGAGAAGGAAGACAGUUAUCAAAUUGCACAUGACACUGUUUUGGGCUUAGUAGAAUGUAUCAGGCAAAACGGAGGAGCAACUCCAGAUGGAGACCCUUCAGCAGUUGCUUCUGCUGUUUCUGCAGUUGUUGUGAAUGCCGGGCAUGUCAUAGCUAAACAUUUGGAUUUUGCAGGGGGUAACUAUCAUGGAGUUGCUUCUAUUGGUAAUUCAUUAAGCUUUGUUCGGCACACUUUGCACAUCCACAUAAAUUCUCUCUGCUUACUGAAAGAAGCUCUUGGGGAUCGCUUCAGUCGGGUUUUUGAAGUAGCUCUGGCUGUUGAAGCUUCUUCAGCUGUUACAGCAGCUUUUGCUCCUCCUAAGGUCCAGCGCAAUCAGUUUCAACCAUCUUCUGAGACUCAUGAUGCCUAUGGAAAUCAUACAAACGAACCUCUUAGUACCUCAGGGAAAGGCUUUGUUGGGAGGGCUGGAAAAGUAGCCGCUGCUAUCUCUGCACUUGUUGUGGGUGCUGUUGUUCAUGGAGCUGUGAGUCUUGAGCGGAUGACUGCUGUCCUGAAAAUAAAAGAUGGCCUGGAAAUUCAGCAGGUACUAAGAGGUUUGAGACCUAGCUCUAAUGGUGCGUCCCGUUCUGCUGUAACCUUUAAGAUGGAUAAUUCAAUAGAGGUUUUGGUUCACUGGUUUAGGAUUCUAUUGGGGAACUGUAGAACCGUCUAUGAUGGGCUUAUUGCAGACAUUCUUGGCGAGUCCUAUGUUCUUGCACUAUCGAGAUUGCAGCAGAAGCUUCCUUUGAGUGUGGUAUUUCCUCCAGCAUAUUCAGUUUUUGCAAUAGUACGUUGGAGGCAGUAUAUCCUUAGCCGAGAAGACAUGCAAGUUUACCAGUCUAUUGCAAAUGCAAUAAAUGACAUCACCAGGCAUCAACCUUUUCGAGAUAUUUGCUUUCGUAAUACACAUCAGCUGUAUGAUCUUCUUGCUGCUGAUGUUGGUGAUUCGGAGUUUGCUGCAAUGCUUGAAACACAUUGCUCUGACAAGAAUGUGAGGCAGCUAUUCAUGCCUCUCCGUGGCCGUCUUUUUCUGAAUGCCCUUGUUGAUUGUAAAACGCCAGCAGUUAUUCAGGUGGAUGGUUCGGAACCUGGUGAGACAAAAGAGAAUGAGUUAAAACUCCUCUCGGAGAGGCUUGUUCAGUCCCUAGAUACCCUCCAACCUGCAAAGUUCCAUUGGCAAUGGGUUGAGUUGAGGCUUCUUUUAGAUGAACAGGCUCUUGCAGAAAAACUUGAUAAAGCUGAAAAAAGUAAGAUACCCAUGCCGAUACUGAUGACACUUGCAGACGGGCUUCGGAAGCUGUCCCCUAAUUCUGAGAGCUUUACACUAUCUGAAAGCGAGAAAGGGUUUACUGAAAUCAUCCUGUCGAGAUUAGUUGCCAGACCUGAUGCUGCUCCUCUCUACUCUGAAGUUGUCCACCUUCUUGGGAAGCUACAGGAGUCACUUGUCGUGGAUGUCAAGUGGAUCCUUCAAGGGCAAGAUGCUGUUCUGGGACGCAAGUCCACAAGACAGCAGCUUCUUACUAUUGCUACACGAAGAGGUGUUCCAAUAAAGGCACAGGUUUGGAAACCAUGGGGAUGGUCCAGCUUGCUCACUGAUGUAAUGGCUAACAGAAGUGCCAAGAGGAAAUUGGAAGCCACUCCGAUCGAGGAAGGAGAAGUUGUGGAUGACCCUGCCGAUGCCAAAAGGCCAAGCAAAAGUACCCCAAGUAAUAUCGAUAGAAGCGUUGAAGCCACCAGAUCUAAUAUAAAUAAAUAUGUAACUGAGAAGGCCUUUGCUGAAUUAAUGUUGCCAUGCAUCGACAGGAGUUCGCCUGAAUUUCGCAGUAUAUUUGCUGGUGAAUUAAUCAAACAGAUGGGAACUGUCAGUGAACACAUCAAAGCAAUAUCACGAAAUGGUGCCAAACAUGUUGGUUUAGUUCCUUCAGGAAAUGAUGUUUCAUCGAACAAAUCCAGUGGUCGUAAAGGAAUUCGAGGUGGAAGUCCAAAUAUUGGCAGGCGAGUCACGGUUGGUAAUGAUCCAACUCCUCCUUCAGCAUCUGCUCUGCAGGCAAUAGUGUGGCUGCGCCUCCAAUUUAUCAUCAGGCUGCUUCAAGUAAUCCUGGCAGAUAGGGGCAUGAGGCAUACACUUGCUCCUGCGAUACUAAGCCUGCUUGCGGCACGCAUAAUCUAUGAAGAUGCAGAUUCGCCCCUUCCUCCUGCCAGUUUGAUUGCCUCGAGACGGGAAGUGGACUCUUUGCUGGAACCUCCCAUGGAUGUCCUGCUUGAUCGCCCAAGCGAGAGUCUUUUCGAGAGGCUUUUAUGUGUUUUCCAUGCGCUGCUUGGCAAUUGCAAACCAAGUUGGAUGAAGUCGAAGCCAGUUUCCAAGCCAACCGUCAGAGCCUCACGAGAUAUCCCUGCAUUUGAUAAUGAAGCGGCUGUGGCCUUGCAGUCUGCGUUGGACCAUAUGGAGUUGCCUGGAGCAAUCAGGCGAAGGAUCCAGGCGGCGAUGCCGAUUCUCCCAGCAGCUCGGCACCCUAGUAUACAAUGCCAGCCUCCCCAGCUGUCCCUGGCUGCACUGUCACCACUCCAGAGCACUCCAUCUACAUCAGGUCCUCAACAGAAAAGCACUUCUCACAGUUGGGUUCCCACCAACAUCUCGGGCAGAAGCAAGGCGGUGUUGCCUCCCCAAGACCCCGAGAUGGAGGUAGACCCCUGGACCUUGCUUGAGGACGGCACCAGCUGCCCCUCCACAUCAUCAGGAAGCAACAGCGCCAGCGGCAUCGCCCCCGACCACUCCAACCUGAAGGCGUGCAGCUGGCUCAAGGGCGCGGUCAGGGUGCGGAGGACGGAGCUGACAUACAUCGGGUCUCUGGACGACGACAGCUGACGCACAGCCAUGCCGGACCAAACUCUUCUCCGGUGUACAAGAGGGUGGAAACCGCCGCCUUAUGUGGCGGCCCCCGUGUAGAAUACCGACCGACCGACCGACCUUGCCCCUGUUUUGUUGCUAGGGCGCCUCGCAGGAGCGACGGUGUACAUAGUGGGGGACAUUAGUCCGCUCCGCGAGCAGCGGGCCCUGUCUGUGUAGCUUAAUUAAUUAUCCAGGUUUAGGAGGGAUGAUGAUGUUGGUGAUGCACCUUAGCUGAUUCGCCGGAAAGGCUCAUAUAUUCUUUGGUCUGGUUGUGGUGCAAGUUGCUCUGCUGCUGCUGCUGCUGCUGCUGCUUUUAACUGAGAUGGUUUGACCUGUUGAUAUAUGAUUGUUGGCUGUGAAACGUUUGGUUGGUGCCAAGUUGGUGGAUCUCUACUGUUUGUCGAAUACUGGAUGUUCCAUUUUCA